AUUGUUAGUACAUAUCUAGUACUUACAGUACUCAAAUUUAGUACUCAUCAUUCCACUUGAGCGUUAUGAACGUCUUAUUUCACUCUGCGCACUGUUAGCCCACAUGAACAUCAGUCAAUUGUUGGCCAUUUGUUUCCCUUUACUUACACCCGCUUUUGGCGGACACUUCACACGCCAACGCCCGACGUUUAGUUGGCUAGGCUAAUGAAUUGCUACCCCCUUUUGUGGAAGGGAAAUUCACCCCUCAAAACGAACCAUUUCCUUUCAUCGUACUGUUUCCUUCCGUUUUGUGCCGUAUCCGCACUAGAUACCACGCAGGCACAGCAGGUGUGAAUUCUUCCUAAAUAGUGUAGUGCAAAAGCGUCACACCCGGCCAUUAAACUGUGUGGCAGGGUGGGAGAGCCUACGUCGUGCCCGGGGUGGGGGUGGACAGUAUGGAUAGGGAUCGGUGUUUGGUGAGGAUCGAAACUAGCCGACAAUUAGCUAAGUUAUAAAAACACUACCCAUCCGGUGCUUCCGAAGCAAUCGCGUCUAGUCCAGUGAGCACGCGCGUUCGGGAGCACGUUUUGGUAAUUUUCCGCAACCGUACUAAGCUGGGGUUUAUUGGUUGCCGCGGGCCGUGCACUUGUUUGGUUGGUUGGUAGUUUAAGAUUAAGUGUUUCCAAUAUGAUGGUACCUAUCCGGAGGCAGUCCAGCUACCGGAGAACUUGCAGCAUUCAUGUAGUGUUGCUAAUGGUUCUUCUGCUGUCAGGAGUGCUUGCUAGCGGAAGUCGUGUAAGAUCCAGAAAGCAUAGAACAUCACGCGGUACUACCGCAGCUGGACGUUGGCAAUCGCGUGCAUCCACCGAUGGCUCCUCCAACACAAUCCACGAUCUCGCUGCAAAGCCUGCACCUUUCUCCAAACCGGCCCAUUCCGCCACAUCCGGUGGGCCAAAGAAACGUUCCUACUACGUCCCUACGGUAACUAACCUGGAGAAUAAUCUGCAUCACUUCAUCAACAACCUCAAGACGGGCAUCGGAUCAUCGAAGCUGGCACAUGCGGUGAAUGGUGUAACGGGCGCCAUUCAGCAGGCUGUCUCCAUGCCCGGCCAUGGACCAAUCAACCUCCUCGGAAGUCACCGACCAGUGGCCGGUAUACACAAUGCCGCCGGUUACUACGCGAACGCUAAUGAGCUACGGUACGGUCAACCGUUCAGUAAGCAAACGGCAAGCCACUUCAAAACGGCACCAUACAGCAAGAAAAGCACCCAAGGUACUAAACGUGGCCGACAUUCGUCGACAUCUUCUCCACCCGGCAAGUACGAUUCCCUGAUGUCCGAUCUUGGCAUUUCGGGUUACAAACAUUUCGAGAAUGCUGUCAUUCGGGAUUUGGAGCGACGCGAAGAGCUUAAGGUGGAAGCCACCAUACACACGCUAUUCCCGGAUGCGGCCGAUGACGAUUGGCGACCGAUUGCUUCAAUCAAGAAAACACCACUCACGGCGGGUGUUGUCCGUGGUACGGCACCGGAACUUUCCGAGUCAAAGAUCGUUCCCUCGUUGGUAGCCGUUCCGACUGAAAAGCGCCCUCUGGAGACGACUGUACGUACGGCGAAACCAAAACCAACCACAGUCUCGGGUGUAAGUUCGGCUGUACGUUACGGAUUGACCAGUACCUCCGUUAGCCCAAAGUCUACGACUGCACCAAACCAGAAGCAUCGCUCCAAGGCAGCUUUGCUGGGGAAGGAAAAACGGACGAAAGAACGUGUGAAAUGUUGGAACUGUGUUACGUCCCCGUCUACCACGGUUUCCACACGUCAACCUUCGUCUGUGACGUAUCCAACCACAGCGAAGCUUCCCGCAGUUAGUACACAGGCACAACGGUUCGGUCCUACGUACGAUGCGACAAUGUUCUACGGCAAUAAUGGUAAAGCACCGGCAGCCGUAGCACAGUCGUACAGCAAUGUGGAGAUCCAGUACAAUCGAACGCACGCUCCACCGUUCGCCGUUAGCACUUGGCCACAGAUUGCUUCUGGUGGACCGGAAGAAGUUAGUACUCAGUCCGCGCCACCCGUUACCACCUAUACCGCACUGUCGGAUAACGCGGCUUCCAGCAUCAGUGGCAACAGUUUGGCAAGCUUCUACGGUGCCGCUGGUCUGAAGAAAAGCCACACGAAAGCACCCAAACCGUACGUACCGGCAGGGGCUUAUCUGGGACAGGGUGAUGCCACGAUUACUUCGACCACCACUCACAAACCGACUGGCGGCUCGCAAGGGACGAAGGGUACGACCAAGAAACGAACGAACCACCAUCGGCCGGAAGGCCCGUCCGCGACCACCAGCCAUCGUCGUGCGGUAGAAAACCACGGCGACAGUGUCGGUGCCGGUACGAGCAAAAAGGAACUGCGGGCGAAGAAAAAGUUCGACGCAAAGUACAGCCGUAACCGGGGCACGAUCAAGUUUAAGGAUGCGCUCAAGAAAAAUCCCGACCAGAUCUACCGAUAGAGUGGACACUCGGGGUGUACCAAGUAUGGCAAAAGGGAAGAAAAAACCGUAACAGUAAUUUGUUUGUCCGUAGCACUUAGUAAUACGCAGAGUUGGUACAGUAUAUUAUUGCGGGCGAUAUUAGUCGCCCCGUUGGAUCGCUAGCAAAGCCGUUUUGACAAGCCGUGCCUUGCACGGCGAUGGCUUUCGUUAUUAUUUAAUUUGUGCACAGCUUCUGUGCACGGCGCGAAUCGCUUAUUUAUACACGGUAAAUUAUGUAAGGCUGUAAACCAAAGUACGAUUGCAAAAAGGAAUGUUUUUUGGUGACGAUCACACGGCGUCUGUGAUUGAAACUCCGUUUUUAUGGUGUUUCUUCUUCAGGAAUGUUAAUAUUAUCAUUUGCGUCGAAUCAUUUCACACCUCAAUCAUAACGCUAGAUGCUUAAAUAAUAAAUAAAAUAUUAAUUUGUAUCGUGGUUUUUAUUUUUAGUGACUUCAGUUGAACAGUUCUCAGUAUUUCUAGCAUUGGUUGUCUCUUCUUCUUGGCUUUAACGACCUUACAGGUCACGCCGGCCAUUUCUGGAUUACUAGACUUAUUUUACCACGUAGCCGGAUAGUCAAUCCUUGCUACGGAGGAACGGUCCGGAUUGGAUUUGAACCCGG